AUGUCGAAUUUCUGGAAUAAAAUGUCUGAUAAGUUGAGUGGUCAUUCGAAUGACCACAAUAAUAAUCGUGAUCGGUACGAUACCAACAUGAACGACGAUACAUAUACGUCCGAGAACCGUAAUUAUAGUACUCAUGGGUCUCAUCAAAAGAAACCUAUGAAUUCUCGUUCUUCUUCUGGUAAUAACAUGAGAACAAAUUCUUCUAAUAGAAACUAUGGGAAUAGUGGUAAUGAUAAUAUUUUGAACACGACCCAUUCUAAUGAGUAUGGAGGAUUGAGCUAUGAUGAUGAUGAUGACAUGGGAGAUAUGAAGAUGCAUCCAAAUUCCAGAACAUCGCCUAGAACCAAGAAAAACACUACUAGAUCAUCAUACGAUAAUGAUAAUUACAAUUAUAAUACAAGUAACGCCAAUAUGAUGCAAGACGAUUAUGAUACUUCGAGAAGAUCUGGUAAUAGAUCAUCCCAGAGAAAUACCUCUUCUGGUAGAGGAAACUCGAGAAACGAUGGAAUGAUGCAGGAAGACUACGAUGAUGACGUCAGGAGAAACAAAAAGGGACUUUGGUAG